CUCUUUUGCCUCUUAUCUUUUUAUUUGCAGGAGAUGGCGGACGCAGCUGUGGAAUUCCUGCUGAACAACCUCAAGGAGCUCAUGCUGCACGAAGCAGGGCAUCUAAUGCAUGAGACGGCGGGAAGCGUGGGCAAGUUGGAGAGCGAUCUCCUCCACCUCCAAGCCUUCCUCAAGGACACAGUGAAGGUGCGGGAAAGCAAUGAGCGGAUAAAGCUGAUGCGGAAGGAGAUUCACGAUGUCGUUUACGAUGUCGAAGAUAUCAUUGAUGCACACGUGGCAAAGAACAAAGUUGCUGGGCGGAAUAGUCGUUUCUACACACAAUUGCUGAGUAAGCACCAAAGCGAGCUCAAUCUCCACAGCAUUGGGCAUAAAUUUGGGCCUCGACCACCAGGAAAGGAAAAGAAGGUGGUGGGCUUUGAAGACGUGACCGGAUGCCUCAUAGACCGUCUGACUGAAAGAGCUGACGGUCUUGAUGUCAUUUCUCUAACUGGUAGGUUUGGCAAGACGACACUGGCAUGGAAGAUUUAUAAUGAUCCUGAAAUCAUCUUAAAGUUCCCCACCCGCAUAUGGCUUACUGUUUCAGCAAACUUCAUAGAGAAAGAUAUCUUUCUACGCAUCCUCGACCAUUUUACCACUCUAGAUGCCGACAUGCGUGCCAAAAAUGGAGAUGAAUUAGCUGAAAUUGUAUUUGAAUAUCUCCAGAUGAGCACUUUCCUACUAGUGAUGGAUGAUAUACGGAGCAUACCUGCUUGGGAACGACUUAAAAAGGCUCUCCCGUUAAAGGAAAACAAAAGUAAAGUCUUGAUCACCAGUCGAGAAGAUAGUGUGGGAAAGGCUGCUAGUAAGCCAAGACCUUCCGUGCCAUUGCGUGCCUUUGUGCCAGAAGAAAGCUGGGAGCUCUUCCGGUUAGAGGCACUGGGCAAGCUGGAAUGCCCUCCUCAACUGGUACAAGUCGGGAAAAAAAUUGCAUACGAUUGUCAUGGAGUGCAACUUGCUAUAGUCAUCAUAGGAGGCAUCCUUUAUGAGUUAUCAUACUCAAAUAAUGUGGAUACAACUAGAAGGAACUGGCUAAAAGUGUCGGAAGAUGUGAACUCAUAUCUCAGUGAGAGGGACCCGCAAGUACGCAUGACAAAAUUCAUAUCUUUGAGCUAUGAGAGUCUACCUCACUAUCUGCGACCUUGCUUUCUCUAUCUGGGGUUGUUCCCAGAAGACUAUGAGAUUUCAGCUUCAAAAUUGAUCCGCCUGUGGAUUGGAGAAGGGUUCAUACAACAGGAGGAUUCACAUAUUCCGUUGGAGGAGGUUGGACAAAAUUAUUUGAAGGCUCUCAUUCGUAGAAACUUAGUCAAAGCUCUCAAGUUUAGAGCUGAUGGUAAUGUUAAAACAUGCCAGAUUCAUGAUACCUUGCGUGAUUUCUGCCACACUGAAGCUGCAACUGAAAACUUUCUCCAAGAGAUCAAGCUCAACGAACAAGAAGAACGUGUGCCUCCAAUCUCUGAGAGGUGCCGCCGUCUUUCUAUUCAUUCCGAUUGCAAGCUAUAUAUCUCAUCAAAAUCUUUAACACCUCUGGCCCGCUCAUUUGUAUGUUUCUCCAAGGAGCCCGAUGAUGACCUGUCUGUGAAAGACAUCACAAACUUCAUUAAAGCCUUUAAGUUUCUCAGAGUUUUUGAGGUUCAAGCCUUGACAUUGAAGGAUAUUGAUUCUGACAUCUACAAUUUGAUCCAUAUGAGCACUUGA